UAUAAAACCGCGAUUCCUCGCCUUCUCGCCCCUCCAUUCCCAUUUUCUCUCUCUACAUUUCUCUCUCGCUCCUCUGAUUCUCCGAUCGGAUACGCCGAAGCCAAGAAGAUGGAUCUCAAAUCGCCGCCGGCGGCGGCCGCCGUGGCCGUCCUCGCCCUCGCGCUGGCCCUGACGACGAUCGCCUCCGCCCUCGACAUGUCCAUCGUCAGCUACGAUCGGGCCCACGGCGACCGGUCCUCCUCCUCCUCCUCCUCCUGGAGGUCCGACGACGAGGUGAUGGCCGUCUACGAGAGCUGGCUCGCCAAGCACGGCAAGGCCUACAACGCCCUGGGCGAGAAGGAGAAGCGCUUCCAGGUCUUCAAGGACAACCUCCGGUUCAUCGACGACCACAACGCCGGCGGGGACCGGACCUACACGGUCGGCCUCAACCAGUUCGCCGACCUCACUAACGAGGAGUACCGGUCCAUGUACCUGGGCGCCAGGAUGGAUCGGUCGGGGCGGCGGCUCGGGAGGGCCCGCAGCGAUCGGUACGCCGUGGCCGCCGGGGAGGAGCUGCCGGCGUCCGUCGAUUGGAGGAAGGAAGGCGCCGUUGUUGACGUCAAGGACCAGGGAAGCUGCGGGAGUUGCUGGGCGUUCUCUACAAUUGCUGCUGUGGAGGGGAUAAACAAGCUUGUGACUGGUGAUUUGAUCUCUCUGUCCGAGCAGGAACUUGUGGACUGCGAUACAUCCUACAAUGAAGGAUGUAAUGGCGGGCUCAUGGAUUAUGCCUUUGAAUUCAUUAUCAACAACGGAGGCAUUGAUACCGAGGAAGAUUAUCCCUAUAGAGCUGUAGAUAGCACUUGUGACCAAUACAGGAAGAACGCAAAGGUUGUGACGAUUGACGAUUAUGAAGAUGUUCCAGAAAAUGAUGAGAAAGCAUUGCAAAAGGCAGUUGCUAAUCAACCAGUCAGUGUGGCCAUUGAAGCAGGAGGCCGGGAAUUCCAGUUUUAUGAUUCGGGUAUAUUUACUGGCAAAUGUGGGACAGCUCUGGAUCAUGGGGUUACUGCAGUCGGAUAUGGCACAGAAAACGGAGUUGAUUACUGGAUAGUGAAGAACUCAUGGGGCGGUAGCUGGGGAGAGCAAGGGUACAUCAAAAUGGCACGAAAUGUGGCCAAUAGCCCCACUGGCAAAUGUGGUAUAGCAAUGGAGGCCUCCUACCCCAUCAAGAAAGGCCAAAAUCCUCCUAAUCCCGGCCCAUCUCCUCCAUCUCCAGUGAAGCCCCCAACUGUCUGCGACAAUUACUACUCUUGUCCUGAGAGCAACACCUGCUGCUGUGUCUAUGAGUAUGCAAACUACUGCUUUGCCUGGGGAUGCUGCCCUCUCGAGGCAGCCACCUGUUGUGAAGACCACUAUAGUUGCUGCCCUCAAGACUUCCCGGUCUGCAAUGUAAACGCUGGGACCUGCCAGAUGAGCAAAGACAAUCCACUAGGAGUCAAGGCAUUGAAGCGCACUCCUGCUAAAUUUCACUGGGCUUUUGGAAGUGAUGGACAGAAGAGCAGUGCGUAAAAAAAAACUUGGGAUUGUAUGCUGUAGAUGGAGAUUCUUAAGGAGAGUCAAGAAAAUCACAGCGACUCAUCUUCUCCUCAUUCUCAUUAAACUGCAGAUCCACAGAGCCCCUUUCUUAAAUCGUUCGUAAAGUAUGUCUAGGAACUGGUUCUGUAAAUAGACUUAAUUAUUUUAUGCAGCAUGAGAUUCGCAGACUUUGCUGCUGCAAGUUUCUGAAGCAUCCUCUGUAAAUCUAGGCUUCAUUCAGCAAGGGGUUCUCGAAUAGUUCCCUUAUUUUAAUGGAAUUUGAAUGCUUUGUUUCAGUCCA